AUGGCCUUUCAAGGUCACUCCCGGUCCAGCCGAGAAACCAAUCAUCGCCGUCAAUUACAAAGGCGAGGAAAAACAAUUUGCUGCAGAGGAGAUCUCGUCCAUGGUUCUCAUCAAGAUGAAGGAAAUCGCAGAAGCUUUUCUCGGAUCAACAGUCAAAAUCGCAGAAGCUUUCCUCUAAUAUGGAAUUACGAGGAAGCUACUUUGGUGAACAGCUUCAGUAAUCAUGAGUGUCCUGACAAAGGGAUAUCAAAACUAUGCCUGGUGAAUAAGCUUGAUGAAAGCUUGCUGCUUGUUGCCUCAUGUGAUGGAAAUGUGCGUAUAUGGAAAGAUUACACUUUAAGGGGUAAACAGAAAAUUGUAACUGCAUUCUCUUCCAUUCAUGGUCACAGACCUGGUGUCAGAAGUGUGGGUGCUGUAGUAGAUUGGCAGCAGCAAUCCGACUUUAUGUUUGCUUCUGGUGAAAUUUCAUUAACCAUGGUUUGGGACCUGGAUAAAGAGCAACUUGUGAGCUCUAUUCCCCUAGCAUCAGAUUGCAGCAUUUCAGCUUUGGCGGCUUCUCAAGUUCAUGGAGGUCAAUAUGCAGCUGGCUUUGUGGAUGGAUAUGUGAGAUUAUUUGACAUCCGAACACUUGAUGGAGUAGAAAGAGUUGUUGGAGGUAUAGAAAGAGUUGUGGGAAUCGGCUUCCAACCUGGACUCGAUCCAGCAAAGAUUGUGAGUGCAUCUCAAGCAGGAGACAUUCAGGUCUUGGACAUAAGAAAUCAAAGCGACGCGUACUUGACCAUCGAUGCGCACCGCGGUUCAUAA